AUGAUUGGUUAUGUGAUGGAAGUUGUAGGUUUACCUCAUAUAGUUCAAGUAGUUUUUUCUUUUCGUUUAUACGUUAAUAUAAUGUUGGUAUUAGGAAUGGAACCUUGGAGAGAAUGCGUAAAGUGGAUGAUGGAAUGCGGAGUUUUAGAUGUAACACAUCGUGUUGGAGAAGAAAAUGCUACAUUAAAUGAAUUUGCAAUGAUUCUACGUGAUGGAGUCUUACUGUGUAUGUUAUGCAAUCGUUUAUCACCAAACUGUAUUGAUACAAAAGACUUACAGCAGAGGCCACAAAUGGCUCAGUUUCUUUGCUGCAAAAAUAUCUGUGAAUUUUUAAAAGCUUGUCAGAGUACCUUCGGACUAGAUACUGAUGAUCUGUUUGAUCCGUGGGAUCUUUAUCGGCUAAAUGACUUUGGCAAAGUCUUAGCGACACUUUCGAAGCUUUCCCAAUCUCCUCUGGCAAGAAGUUCUGGCCACAAUGGCUUUACACUGGAUUUACCAUCUGUGGCUUCCUCUGAGUAUGGUAACGAUGAAGCUAUCUAUAGAAGUUUAAAAAAUGAUGCUGAAGAAAACGAACCUGUAGUAGAAAAUGUUUAUGAUGUUGGAAUCACGGAGGACGAAAAAACUAGCGGGGAAAUCUAUGAUUCUAUUGUAUGCCAACGCUCUGAUAGUCGUCGUGAAAAGAUUAAGGAGAGUGACAAAUGGAGCUCGUGGAAACCAGAGACUAAGCGGGAGCACUGUAUCAAAGAAUUGUAUGAUACGGAAAAUAAUUAUGUCGAAAAAGCUUUGAAUAUGAUUAUAAUGAACUUCUAUACCCCACUUGAAGGUGUACUUCCUCCAGAGGACCAUAAAACGAUAUUCAUGAAUAUACUGGAAUUAGUUUGCAUCCAUCGGUCUUUUAGGGAUCAUUUAAGCCAAGCUGUUCGAAUAGCUGUUAACUUAGAACUACCUCGGCCGACUGAAAAAUCAAUGUCGAUUGGAGAUGUUUUUAAAACAUGGAAAGAAAAGUUUGUUGCAUAUGGGUUAUAUUGUUCUCAACUACCCGAGUCUCGAUCUAGGAUAUGCCAAUUAGAAAAAGAAGAUCCAGAAAUCCGGCAAAAAAUUUUGGAUUGUGGUGUUGCUGCUAAUGGUAAUCAGUUUCACUUGCAAGAUUUGUUAAGUAUCCCAAUGCAGCGAGUCCUGAAGUACCAUGUUCUUUUAUCGGAAAUGAUCAAGUUGACUCCGGUUGAGUCACCUGAUCGGCUUUCGUUGGAAGAAGCAAAAGAAGCUAUGCAGGAUAUAAACAGUUAUGUGAAUGAAGUUAAACGUGACUACGAAAUGAAACAGCUUGUUAUGGAUAUUGAGAAGAGCAUACCUGACCUUGAGAUGCCAGAAGGGAUGCAUUUGACUGACUACGGCAGGCUUGUGAUAGACGGGGAAAUUAAAAUAUCUGACUUUACUAAAGAAGGCAGUAAAUUAAAGAACCGAUAUGUUUUUGUCUUUGACAAGGUUAUGCUGAUAUGUAAAAGUCUACGAGGCAAUCAGUACUCGUACAGGAGUGCUCACAUUUUGCGGAACUAUCGAAUCGACGUUGACUCUGAAAAUAGCAUUAAAUUUGGUACUUUAACUAGAAAGUUAACAGCAAAUGGAGGUCAUUAUUUUUCUCUAAUACCAGAAUCAGUGGAAAGCGGUAGUGCGCUGCAUCUAUGCUGUAAGACCAUGAUGCAGCGAGACAACUGGGUGCAGCAUUUCGAGAUGGCUCGUUUAGAGACAAUGACAAACCAAAAGACGCAGAAGCUUCCGGACAUUCGCUUCACUACCAUUCGUAUGAAAAAGCAACUGUUUGUUCGCAUUGCCAGAAAUUACUCGCCGUCUGCAAAAAGGAUUUGCACCGCGCUUGUAUCUCAAGUUUCAAAUGUCCAGGUGACGAAGUGCAGCAGAGAACUGGUGCAUCGCCCUACAGAAGAAAAUAUUCUUCAAUAUGGUCGGGUUGUUUCUAAUCCCGAUAAAAUUGGUAUUGUUCAGCCUGAGUUCGUUCACAAGCACAGGUCGUCAACCACAUCUCUGCAUAGUGCUGUUUCUUCCGGAAGUAUUACUGGUAUCGACGCUGCGAGUUUGAAUUCGCUAGUCGAAAAAGUUAGCUUAACAUCGCCACAGUUACCCAGACCUGCAGUCAGUAGUCAUCGGAAUUCCACUGAGAGCCUGAUGUCCUUGCGGUCUCCAGUAGGGCAGGAUUACAUAAAUACUGAAGUUAUCAACCAGCCGUGGUAUCAAGGCUCGCUGGAGAGGAGAGAAGCUGAAACAAGGCUUCGUGACACUCCACACGGGACUUAUUUGGUUAGAUUCAGCAACACGCAGCAGAAAUACGUCAUAAGCAUAAGGUGGCAGUCUUCAAAUAGACACAAUUUGCGCGAAUCUUUCGAAACGUUAGAUACUAUUCUUGGCGAACACUAUUCACCUAACCAACCUUACAAAGCAAUUCACAACUUUGAAGCGGCUAAUUCUAAUUUCUUGGAGCUGAAGACGGGUCAGAUUGUUUAUGUGAUAAGCAGAACAGGUGAAGAACGAGGGUGGUGGAAAGGCAAAUCUGGUGAUAGGGUUGGCUACUUUCCUUUUUCAUUCGUGAAACCGGUUGAUUGA